AUGAAUUGUCCGGUGGUGAAGUUUGAAUCGAGUGGAAAAGAAUACGAUAUUUUUGUGAUUUCGGCCGAUGAAAGACUUUGUUUUUAUGGAUCUUGUCAGAUUUUGUGUCUGGGUGAGUUUCAAAUUUCAAAAUGUUAGCGCUUUAAUUUCUAGUUUUACAUUUGAAGUUGGGGUGCCAAGAAAUCCACGUGGCAAAGUUUUUAGUGUCAAAAUUUCAAAUUCAAAUUUGUUUUUUUUCAGCUGGAAAUGCAACACUGAACGAUUUCCAUCUUCCCAAUGUUUCUGUUGAAUCUUCGAAAUUUCUGAAAAUUUCAGCACCUCAGAAAAUGGAUAUCCCGGUCAGCUUAAUUUUUUUACAAUGAAAUAAACACAUUUCAGGCAAUCCUUCAAGUGUUCAAAUCAACGGAAAAGGAUUUCAAACUUAAUCGAUUGAAGUUUCGACUGAAAGAGGUUUUUGUUUUUGAGAAAACAUUUUCUCAAAAAAAUUCUAUCCAUAUUGCAGAUCACAGCACAAUUCGAAAGUAUCAUGCAACUUGUCGCCGAGAAAAAUUGUCCAGCAGUUUUGGUUGUCAAAAAAAGUUUGGAUAUUGUUGAAGAAAUCAUGGCGAGCUUAGUUCCUGUAAGUUCCCUUUUUAUUAGAAUUGUAUGAAAAUGCAUAUAUUUCUCAGAAUUUCCACGUUCAUUCAUCGAAGCAAAAUAUGAAUUCAAUUCCAUCGAGAUAUUAUUCUUCAAGGCUAGAUUUAUACAUUUAUCCGGAAGAAUGUGAAAAAAUUCUACGAUUUCGAAUUGAUGAUUUGUUGUCAAAAAGAAGUAUGCUGUUUACAUUUUUCCCUAUCUUUUUAUCUUAAAAACAUUUCAGAAAAUGGUCAGCGAGUUUCAGUUUUGCCAAUUGGAAAUAAAGGGGCUGGAAAAUCGCAUUUUGUGAGAAAUUUAGUCAAUAGAUUGUUGAAUAGGUAAGGAAGCACAAAUCAAUAUAAAUAAUAUGAGCAAUGUUUUCUCAGCGCUGAAUCGGUUUAUAUUUUGGAUGUUGAUAUUGGUCAAAGUGAAUUUACGCCAUCUGGAUGUUUGACGCUUACUAAAGUUUUAGCACCGAUUUUUGGUAAGGAAUUUUUUUCGAAGUUUGGAAGCUGAGUGGGGAGAAAUUCCAUGUGAAAAUCAGAAUGAAAAUAUAUUAAAUUUUUUCCAGGCAAACCGUUCAGCCACCAAAAAUCUGCGAAAUUCGAAAAUUCCUAUUUUUAUGGUGAUCUAUCUCCACAUAACAUUCCACUUUUCAAAGAUAUUUUCGAGCGAUUAUGGAAUCAUUUUUUGGAAAUCAGUUCACCUGGUGAUAUUUGUAUUAUUAAUUCGAUGGGAUGGAUCAAAGAUAGUGGAAGGGAUAUUUUAGUGGAUAUUAUGACGAAUACAAAAACUGAUUUAAUUAUUGAAUUGAGUAGAAAUAUGGGAGAGAGGAGUUUUGAAUUUCCGGUAAGGGCAGGGGUUUUUCGAAGGAAUGUUUGAUCGAUUUUAGAAAAUAUUCGGAUGAAUUUUUUGAUAUCAAAACAGAAUAAUGAUAGAAUAAUACCGAUUUUCUCCUCAAAAUAUGUCUCAAUCUUCAGUUUCUUUUCAGCCAAAUCUUGCAUCUCGGCCAAUUUCAAUAGUCGCCAAUGAUAUUCCAUCAGAAAUUGGACAAAUCGAGAAGAAAUUGACAGCUCCAAUGAUUCGAGAUUUGACGACUAUUGGAUAUUUUUCGAAAUUAUUGGUUCGACCAAUCAUUUCAUCGAUUUUCAAUAUUGUUCCAUUGAAAAUUUCGUUCAAGUGAGCAAAUUUGGGAUAAAUUCAGGACUAAACUAGAAUGUAGCUCACGAUUAGUAAAAAAUAACCUCUAAUUGCUAGUUUCUUUCAAAAAAAUUGAUAUUUUUUCAGAAAUGUCAAAAUUGCUCUCCCAAUCGAUAUUUUGGUAGAAGAUCAUUAUGUUCUAGCUGCAAUCAAUAAUCAAAUGAUGGCAAUUUGCCAAGAUUCAGCCGAUUUGAAAUUUCAUCGAAUUUGUGGAUCUGAAGAAUUUCCAGAAGCUGCAAUUAUUGAUGGAAAAUCGUCAGCUUUGAAGUGUUUUGGAUUUGGUUAGUUUGAAAAUUCAAUUUUCCCUCAAGACAUCCUAGAAUAUUAUUUUCAGCGAUAAUUCGAGCGAUUUCCAUCGAAAAACGUGAAUUAUAUGUGGUAUCUCCGGUUGAUUUGGAGAAUUUUGAAGAGCCGCCGAUUUUUGUGAGAGGAGUUCGAAUCGAUUUGCCAACUCAUAUGAUGAUGGCACCUAAAGUGAGCGAGAUUUAAAUCAAAACUACUCUCUAGUUUUUCUUUUUUCAAAAUCGUUAUUUUUCAGCCAUCUCCAUAUGCGCUUGAUGGAAAUAAUGAAACUUCAAGAAAGGAAUCCUCAAAACUUGUCAAUGCUCUUUUCAAUGCUCCAACAAAUUCUACUGGAUUUAAAAGAAGUCGAAAAAAAUGA